GGUGUGGCUGUCCAGUCUUCCUACCACCUGUUGGCAGCACACACCACACCUCUCUCACUCUCAUAAUGACAGACACCAACGCUAAAACCACCUCCGAGGAUGUCAAGGAUGGCGCUAAGGAGGCCGUGAAGGAGGCGGUGAAGAGUGAGGAAGUGGAGGAGGCUAAGGAGAUGAGAGCUGUUGUUCUGAAUGGAUUCGGUGGUUUGAAGUGUGUGAAGACGGUGAAGCGGCCACAACCUUCCCUAGCAGAUGGGGAAGUCCUCAUCAGGGUCCAGCUCUGUGGUGUGAGCUUCCAGGACGUGAUGGUUCGUCAAGGCUUCACAGAAUCUCAUCCCAAAAUACCAUUUAUUUUGGGUUUUGAAUGUGCCGGUGUGGUAGAGGCAGUAGCUGAUGAUAUUACAAACUUUAAGGUUGGUGAUAGGGUCAUGGCACUACCAGACCAUCGUGCCUGGGCUGAACUAGUACCAGUACCUGCCAAGUACGUCUAUGCCCUCCCAGAAGACAUGCCUCUACCGGAAGCUGCUGCUGUAACACUGAGCUACACAGUAGCAUAUAUGCUAGUUUAUGAUCUAGCUAAUAUAAAGUCUGGCCAGACUGUCCUCCUCCACUCUGCUGGAGGUGCUGUGGGUCAAGCCGUCUGCUCACUGCUGCAGAACAUUGGAGGAAUCACUAUAGUGGGUGUAGCAUCAAAAAAUAAGCACGAAGAUAUUAAAGAACGUGUCGCCCACCUCAUUGACCGUGGCUGUGAUACCCCAACAGAAGUACGGAAGGUGUGUCCAGACGGUGUUGAUGUAGUUUUGGACUGCCAGGGAGGUGAUGAGUGCAACAAAGGGUAUUCUCUUCUCAAGCCAUUGGGCAGAUACAUAUUGUAUGGGCCUUCCAGCAUUGUCACAGGAGAGACAAAGAGCAUCCUGAGUGUGAUCAAAUCUUGGCGGCAGGUGGAAAAGGUAGCUCCACUGAGACUUUACGAGGACAACAAGGCCAUCUUCGGUUUUAACCUUAGACGUCUCCUCCACUGUCAGGUAUGUUUUUUUGAUCACUAAUAGAAUGUCUUAGUG